AUAGCUUCUCCUUGUAAUUAUUGAUCUAGGCUGGUAUGAUGGCUCCACAAGGUCCGUUAGGGAAGGAUAUGGUGACUUCUUUAGAUCCUAAUAGAAUAACUGAAGAAGGAGGAACAAUGUUCACUUUCGAAGGAAAGGAUUCGAGAUGUCACUUGAAAUCUAAACUAGAGAUUCACAGUCCUCAGUUUUACUGGAAGGUUAUGACACAGGCAGAUUUAGGACUUGCUGAUGCUUAUAUCAAUGGAGAUUUUUCGUUUGUCGAUAAGGAAACAGGACUUUUGAAUCUGAUCAUGAUUCUCAUUGCUAGCAAAGAAUUGAACUCAAAUCUUGCUAAGAAAAGGGGCCGGUGGACACCGAUGUUUUUGACUACUGGUUUAGCAUCUGCAAAGCAUUUCCUAAAGCAUUUCUAUAGGCAGAACAAUUUAACUCAAGCUCGAAGGAGCAUUUCGCGACACUAUGACCUUAGUAAUGAGCUUUUUGCUAUAUUCUUGGAUGAUACCAUGUCUUAUUCCUCUGCGGUAUUCAAGUCGGUUGAUGAAGAUUUAAAGGCUGCACAAAUGAGAAAAAUAUAUCUUCUCAUUGAUAAGGCGAGGAUAGAGAAGAACCAUGAGGUUUUAGAUAUUGGAUGCGGAUGGGGAACUUUGGCCAUAGAAGCUGUGAGAAGAACUGGAUGCAAAUAUACCGGUAUUACGCUAUCAAUUGAACAACUUAAAUAUGCAGAAGAAAAAGUGAAACAAGCUGGACUUCAGGACCGGAUUACGCUUAAGCUCUGCGAUUAUCGCCAAUUAUCCGAUGCUCGAAAAUAUGACAGAAUUAUAUCUUGCGAGAUGCUAGAACAUGUUGGCCACAAAUUCAUAGAGACAUUUUUCAGUCACUGUGAAGCUGCGCUUGCAGAAGACGGCAUUUUUGUCCUGCAGUUUAUAUCGAUACCCGAAGAGCGUUACAAUGAGUACAGACUAAGUUCAGAUUUCAUAAAAGAAUACAUAUUCCCUGGUGGAUGCCUUCCUUCUUUAGCCAGAGUUACUUCAGCCAUGGCCUCUUCCUCUAGGCUAUGCAUUGAAAACGUUGAGAACAUUGGGAUUCAUUACUACCAAACGUUGAGAUUGUGGAGGAAGAACUUCUUGGAUAGACAAAAACAAAUUAUGGAUCUUGGAUUCGACGAUAGAUUCAUAAGGACAUGGGAAUAUUAUUUCGACUAUUGUGCAGCUGGUUUUAAGACUCGUACCCUUGGAGACUACCAGAUAGUUUUCUCACGUCCAGGGAACGUAGUUGCAUUCGGCCAGGAUGGUAGUUGCACGAGGAUACUAGAAGAAGGAGAAACGAUGUUCAUAUUCGGGGAAAAAGAUUCUACCUGCCCUUUGAAAUCUAUCCUCAAGAUUCACAGUCCUCAGUUUUACUGGAAGGUUAUGACACAAGCGGACUUAGGACUCGCAGAUGCUUAUAUCAAUGGAGAUUUUUCUUUUGUCGAUAAAGACUCAGGACUUCUGAAUCUGAUUAUGAUUCUCAUUGCUAACAGAGACCAGAGCUCACCAAAAUCAAACCUUGCCAAGAAAAGGGGAUGGUGGACACCGAUGUUUCUAACUGCCGGUUUAGCAUCUGCAACGUAUUAUCUAAAGCAUGUCUGUAGAAAGAACACUCUAACUCAAGCUCGAAGGAACAUUUCUCGUCACUAUGACCUUAGCAACGAGUUUUUCGGUCUCUUCAUGGAUGAUACCAUGAUGUACUCCGCUGCAAUAUUCAAGUCAGAGAAUGAGGAUCCUAGAACUGCACAGAUGAGAAAAAUAUCUCUUUUAAUUGAAAAGGCGAGGAUAGAGAAGAACCAUGAGGUAUUAGAGAUGGGAUGCGGAUGGGGAACUUUGGCAUUACUCUAUCUAUUGAACAGCUUAAAUAUGCAGAAGCAAAAGUUAAAGAAGCUGGACUUCAGUGAGAUGAUAGAAGCGGUUGGCCACGAGUUUAUGGAUAAGUUUUUCAGUUGUUGUGAAGCUGCACUUGCAGAAAACGGUAUUUUUGUCCUACAGUUCACAGCGAUACCCGAGGAGCUCUACGACGAGUGCAGACUAACUUCAGGUUUCAUAACGGAAUACAUAUUCCCUGGUGGAUGCCUUCCUUCUUUAGCCAGAGUUACUUCGGCCAUGGCUACUUCUUCUAGGCUAUGCAUUGAAAACGUUGAGAACAUUGGGAUUCAUUCCUACCACACGUUGAGAUGCUGGAGGAAGAACUUCUUGGAGAGACAAAAACAAAUCAUCGAUCUUGGAUUCGACGAUAAAUUCAUUAGGACAUGGGAAUAUUAUUUCGACUAUUGUGCAGCUGGUUUCAAGACUCUUACCCUUAGAAGCUACCAGAUAGUUUUCUCACGUCCAGGGAACGAAGCUGCAUUCGGUAAUGAUGAUCCGUUCCGCAGCUCCUUUUCAACUCAGAAGAAACAACGUUAGAUGAAUCAUUUCCAAUCUGAAGUACUACUCCCAUUUCUUGUGUGUUUCCCUUAAAGUUUCAUAAUUUGCGAGAGAGUAUCUAAAUCUUGAAUUUCUGCUUUCAUAAUUGAUUAUGCAUUCUGUACCAACAAUCUGUUAUUGUGCAAUGGUUACUGCUGUUCAAGAUUAAACCUUACUGCUGUUC